AGAUGAUCAAGAAAAAUCAAUAUAGUCAAGUUUCGUGAGGUGGAUGGAAUACAUAAAAUGAUAAAUAAUAAUCUAGGAUUUUCAAUAGACAUAAACACAGCAAACUUUUAACUUGGACAAAAGAAAGUCUAGAUGAAACUCAAACGCCAAAAACACCCCUGAAAUAAAAACCAUGAACCCACCAUCCUCUCGCUCAUCACUCGAUUCCUAACACCUAUGUCACUCGAUUUACUCAUCUAUGUCAUUGCUCUUGCCUCUCAUCCUUAUCCACACUUUCUGCCACACCUUUGCUUUUGGGCACCUCCUUCCUCCGUCGCUUACAGUUCAGACUGCUGAUUCAACUUCAAGUCCCUCAACCAAUUUGAUUCAAAACUACGAUUUUAACAGCCUUGCUUCCACAUUCCAUUUGAUGUGGUCAUAAACAGUGUAUGUUGGGCCGAAUCUAUCAAUCAAUAGGAUUCAAUACUAACACUAUUUGUUCAACUAGCUUUUGCUUAUAGGGUAGUCCCCGCAGAUUAUCCCCAAAUGCAUAUAGUCCCUAAUGAAAUUGUCAUGUAUCUAGAGGAUACUGCUUUCUGAUCCUUGGUGAUAUCAAGAAAGGUAAAAGUGUUCUCAAGUCAUGAGUUCUGAUUCGCCCUCCAACUAAUUCUCUGGUUGAUCAACCCGUGCAACAAGGGAAAAAAAGUUGCUCGCAUUGUCUCAGCUGGAGCAUAAGGUAAUAACAUGGACGUAGGCUCUCUCUUCGCCUUAAAGAAUGCAAAGGGGAAGAAGAAGGCCCCGGCGGGCACUUCUGCCAGGGAGGAGCCCUCCCAAGCUGCUGCCGCCGGUGCUGGUGCCGGGGGGCCCAGAGGUGCCGGGCCCGCGAAGAAGGAGAAUAAUGGCAAGGGGAUCGAGCCCCUGGCAAAGAAGGUAAAGACCGCCGCCCCCGCCAAGCAGCUGACCACCGACGUGGUUGUGAUUGUGGAUGAAGGGCACGUCUCUGCCCCCACCUCCCAGGAGCACAUCAAUCAAGAGUUCUUCGGGCGGGAGAAACUGGAGGCGAUAGUGCCGAAGGGGGCUUCUGUACUGGAGGGCAGCCUGAACCCUUCGGCGCUGAUGAGCCAGAUGCUGCCAUCGGCUGACCGCUUGGCCCUCGCCAGAUUGGACGAGAGCUCCCUUGAGGCGAAGAUCCUUCUGAACACUGCCUCCAGCUUCAUGGGCCUCUGCGAGCAUCUCCGGAGGGUGGAGCAAAUGAGGGAGGCGAAAGGCGCAGCCGAAGGGGAGGCCGCCCUCCUUAGGAAGAAACUUGCCGAGGCUGAUGAUUCUCUUUGCCUGGCCACCGACGGCAUGGAGCAGCGGGUGCAAGCUGCGAGGGCCGAAGGGAUGAAUGAGGGCCUGGCCAAGGCCGGGGAGGCUGCUGCCGAGGCCGCCCGUAUCGCUGCUGAUGAAGCCCGCGCGGCUCAAGAAGAGGCCGUCUCUAGAGCCCGGGAGGAUGCGGUGGCCAGCUUCACUGCCGAGGGGUGGAAGGCUGAAGAUCAGAAGGAGUGGCUCUCUUCGGUGGUGGGGGCUUCGGUGGACGACUGGGUUGGAGGCCCCGGCAAGAUGUGGCUUGCUGGGAGGGGCGACUCCUACUACCAAGGCAGGGAGUUCUUCACCCAGCGCCUCAUUUACCAGAAGCUUGCGAGGCAUUUCAAGAUCGCACCGGAGGAGUUCCAGUCCGAGGCUUAUGGCCUCCCCCUCGGCAGCCAGACGUCAGGAUCCCGCUCCCCGAAGGAGAAGAGAGGCUGGUGCUCGAAGAUUCAGAGACUCUGAGGGAGUGCGGCCUCAGGGGUGAUGGGGACGAGGCCGAGAGCGAGGCAGUUUCUACAGCUGUCGAAGGGGGCGAUGUUGUAGCUCCCCCUUCGUGAAAUGUGUUCCCCCCAAUUUGUAAUCACAUUCUGUUGUACUUAUUGGCUUCGGCCCUUUUGCAAUGUACAUUUGAAUUUCCUCUCUUUGACGAAUGAAUGCUUGCCUUCGGGCUUUGUGUAUAUGAUUUGUCCUC